GAACAGUGUGAAAAGUGAAAUCCAGCAGAAUGUUUGAAAUCUGAUAAAAUUAAAAUAUUAUUAUAAAUAUUUUGUGUUAAUAGUGAAAAUAAAUGGAAUAAUCUUAUUUCUUUGAACGCUUUCACUGAAAAGCUAUCAACAUUUGAUCAAAUAUAAAACAUCUAAAAAACAACAUCAAAGCCAAAAUCCUACCUAGCAUAAAAUAUAAGAAAAUAAGAAGAAGAAGAAAGAAAAAUGGUCGAAUCCCAAGAUUCUCUUUACACCUUCAAUGCACAAAACGACCAUCUUGAGCUUGGCCAGAUUAAUACCGAAGACUUGCUUGUAUCUUCCGACGACAUCAUGAAUGCGAGCAUGUUUAGCUUAUCUCCUAAUGGAUUUCAGGAUGAAUUCAAUUCUGGAGAGAAUGAAAAAGUGUUUGUUAGUGGUGCUAUGGAUGAGUCACAACUGAUCCCUUAUUCUGCUGGUCCAAAGCAUCUCUAUCAAUUGCCAUCCAUGGAAGACAUCAACAAUGAAUGGGAUUUCAACAUCUUCUUACAUUCUGAUUAUGCUGGGAAGACUACUUGGAUGUAUUCACCAAAACUUCACAAAGUGUUUGUGAAAAUUAACACAUCAAUGCAUGUGAACGUGAAAUUUGAGAACGUGGAUCCAAGUCGAAAGCUUUUCGUAAGAGCAAUGAUUGUUUAUUCUUCUCCUAAUGAGUUUGCUGAGCCGGUCAAAAAGUGUCCUAAUCAUCGAGACCAAUCGAACAAUCUUAACAGUCCUGAGCACAUCUUGCGUUCUCCUGCUUCUCACACUGUUUACAUUGGAAAAGAGGAAGGAAAGUUGUUCGGUGAGAAAUUAGCAAUUCUCGUAUCGCAGGACGAUCUUGUGGCUGGUGAGCCUCUGAAGCUUCAGUUUACAUGUCAAAACUCAUGCAGUGGUGGAAUGAAUCGUAAAAGUACGUCAAUCAUUUUCACAUUAGAGAAUGAAUUUUAUGAGAUUCUGGGGCGAAAAGUUUUGGCGUUCAAAGUUUGCUCAUGUCCAAAACGUGACAAGGAAAAAGAGGAAGAAAGUUGCAAGAAACCAUUACCGAAGAAACGAAAGCCUGAAGCAGAACCUCCUUCAACAUCGAAAAAAAUUGCAAUUCAAAUUCCAAUCAAACAAGAAGUUGUUGAUGUUUUGACGAAUGCUGUGUCAUUUCAAGAGUUGCCAUCAGAUUUGCAAGCUUUAAACUCUGAUCUGGUUGGAUACAAAAAGGAAAACUCUUGUGAGGUGACUGUCACAAUGCCAAAUGAAAAAAUGAAGAAAGAUUUGUUGAAAUGUGCUUUUGAUAUGGUAGCUGGUGAAAUGGCUCGAACAGCAAACACACCCAAUGCCGCUGAUUAUCAGCCUUAUCUGGAAAACAUCCAGAAACAAAUUGAUGACAACAAUUAAAUGUUCUCUCAGCCAAUUUUUAAAUACCUCAAGUUUUCCACAAAAGCGAUGCGCUAUUAAGUUUAAGUUUUAAAUUUCUUUUUUUUUUUUAAUUGCUAUUUAGUUUUAAGAUGAGCAUAUUUGUAUUGUGCAAUUCGUUAAUCAUUUGACAAUUUCAUAAUCAGAUGAUGCAAUAAUCAAGUUGAUUAACGAAUAUCACCAGAGGUACAAAAACUUUUCUUUUUUUUCUAUUUUUAUUUGACUCAAGAAUAUUUUUUAGUGAUUAAAUAGAUUUGUUUUUAUAUGAAAUCGGAAAGCUUGUGAUGAAAAG